AUGCUCCGGUGUCACCUCAAGCCGGGGGCCCAGGAGGUGGCGCCCAAGGGGUUUCCCGGUGAUGGAGAUCUCCGAAUGAGGAAAGACCCGCUGCUGCCCUGGCUGACCCUGCCCGAGCUCCGAGCGGUCUCUCCGCAGGUUGGCGCAGGCGGCUCAAGGGGCUCAAGAGGCCCGGGAGUCGAGGCCCCGUGGUGGCAGGCCCCUAGGCACGGGCUCCCGGACAUACUGGUGCACCAGGCCACAGAUCCUGGGGUGGACGUCGGGAGCCCCGCGCCGCGCCUGCCCGCCCUGCCCACGGUGGUCCAGCGGGUGGCGCAGAACCCGGCAGUGCUGAGCUCCCUGCUGCUGCCGCCCGUGCUCUCGGCCGACGCGCCCCGGGAGCCAUCGGCGUCCCGGCGUCCAACGCCUAGAAAGAAGGAGGACCACCGGAGGGGCUUGGCCAGGGAGGCCCCGAGGGCCUUCGGGGCCCUGCUACGAGAGUUCCUCCCCAACAGGUUCCCUGGACGGAUCGUAACUAUUUCCACCUCCUCCUGGCUCCCAGCAUCCUCAGCAUCGCAACAUCAAGUGGGUGUGUCAAAGCACUGCCGAGAUUCUCCUCAGUGUCCCAACUUCUCAUUCCUCCCAGACCUGCGGGGCCAACCAUCGUUCUUUCGGGAGCCGCCUUUAUCCACACAGAGUCUUAAGAUUUUGCUCCAUCAGACACCUGACCUGGGGUCCCUGAAGAGUGACUGCUCACAAGUCACCACGGUCAGGAAGACCAGCCACAGGCUCCACAGUGCACAGUCCUCCAAGCUCAAAGCCGUGCUCAUUCACAGCUCCUCCAGGGAAGGACCGAGGCCUCGAAAGCGGUGUUGCCCUUUCCGAGUGCGAUUUGCUGACGAGACCCUACGGGACACAGCACUCCGCUACUGGGAGCGCAGUUGUGCGAUCCGGCAGAGCCUCCUGGAGAGCGAGACAGCCUCUCAGCCCUUUGUGUCAGAGCAGGUGUUCAGGAGUGUCUCAAGAUGGCUGGAGAGUUUGCCCAGAACCCUGUGUCCUGGGGCCAGGCAGGAGAAGGCCAUGGCCAGCUCCUCGUGGAGCUGGGACUGCCCUGGCCUGCCCACCCAGGAGCCGCUGGGCCAUCUCUUUGAGAACGCCUCCAUGAGCAGCGGCCUGCCCUGCAUCCACAGGGCAUCCACUCAGAGCCAGUGGGGGCACCUCAAAACCCACCUGGACACUCACAAUACCCUGGAGCAAGUGGGCAAACUGCCCCGCUCCUGGAGCCAGAAGUUGCUCGCGUCUUCCCGCCACCGACCCCCUGCUCCCGCCGCCGCCUGCCUUCCCGCCCCGCUCCGUGCCGCGCUGCGGGCCGCGAGGCCAGCUCCACACCUGCAGUGCCGCCUUCUUUCCACCUGCCCGGAGUUCGCGCCAGGCCGGGCGGGGGCGGCCUCCCACGAUCUCUUAGCGCUUUCUCAGCGGGGCGGCCUCGGCGGGGGCGGGGGUCGCAGCUGGGACCUGCGGGAGAGGAGGGCCAGGAAUGUCCACCCCAGCCCCUCCGGCGGAGACUCUGGCGGGGUGCCUGCGCCCCAGCGGCCGAGAGUGCGGCCUGAGCCCGCGGGGCGUGCGGAGCCGCCGCCUUCCUCUCGGCGUCCCUCCGUCUUCUCCUGUCUCCUGCCCUCUUAG